GUCCAGGUUAACUUGCCAGUCACUCUCCCGUUUAUAAUAUCCUCAGUCGUCCAGAUUGGGUUCACAUUCUUUUCAAAUUCCAUACUAAUUAAUAACUUUAUUUUUUAAAUUCUCUGAUUUAUAUUUACCAUAUUAAACAACAAAAAAUGAAUAAAAAAUUGUUUACAACUUCUUUAAGAUUGAGCCAAAAUAUGUUUUUGCGGCCGCAAUUUAUCAGAGAACAAAAUUCUUCAGCCGAAGCGCAACCCACAAGUUCCUGCAAAUUCGAGACUCUCUCGGUAACUGUACCGAAACCGUUUGUGUAUCAUGUUGAAUUAAACAGACCAGAAAAACUUAAUGCUUUCAACCAUCGAAUGUUCACCGAACUCACUCAUUGUUUCAAAGCUCUACACAAGGAUGAAGAUUGUAGAGUAGUAUUAAUAUCUGCUGCAGGAAGGUUAUUCACUGCUGGUUUGGACCUGUCUUCUGUAGCUAGUCUAGGACAAAAACUAGCCGAACAUGAAGAUGUUGCUAGGCGAUGCAAAAUUCUUAGGGAACUUAUAAUAACCUAUCAGGAUGGCAUGUCCGCUGCUGAAAAAUGUGUUAAACCAGUUAUUAGCUUGGUUCAUAAUGCUUGCAUCGGUGCUGGCACUGACCUUAUAGCUGCUGUUGAUAUAAGGUAUUGCACUGAAGAUACUUACUUUCAAGUUAAAGAAAUUGAAUUAGGUAUGGCUGCUGAUGUUGGUGUUCUUCAGAGGUUGCCUCGUAUUAUAGGAAAUGCAUCCUUAGCCAAUGAACUAUGUUUGACUGGAAGGAAAAUAGAUGCUAAAGAAUCUAUGGAAGCUGGACUCGUUAGCAAAGUUUUCAAAGAUAAAGAAAGUAUGAUGGCAUCAGGGCUUGAAUUAGCCGAAUCAUUGGCUCAGAGAAGUCCUGUCGCUUUACAAAUGAUCAAAAGAAAUAUACUUUUUUCAAGAGAUCAUGGCGUGGAUGCGGGUCUCCAACAUAUUGCUGACUGGAACCAAGCAAUGCUCCAGAGUGAAGACUUCAUGAACGCUGCGAUGGCCCUCGCCACCAAGGGCCCCCCACCUUCCUUUGCCAAGUUAUAAACUUCGUGACGUUUUAGCAGCUCUCUACCUUGUUGUAUGUGACCUCGAUGCAUUGAGACAGUCAUUGUAAUUUCGAUGAUCAUGUUAGACUAGUGAGCUUUUGUUUCUGCGCUGUUAAUGUAGGACUGAAAACCUCUGUUGUUGGCUGUGUUAUGGAGGUUUAUGAUAUAUUAUUUAGUUGUAAAUACAUUUUAAAAUUGUAAAUAUAUAACUCUUAUUUAUUAAGAGCAAAGGAAGUAAUAUUUUUAAAAAUCAGUCAUAUUUUUUAUAUCUAAAAUUAUAGUUUUUAUAUCAAAUUUGUAAAUAAAUAUGAUUUUUAAUUA